AUGCGGCUCCCCCUCGCCCCCUCGGCAGGCUCGAGCGCCAGCGCCGCCACAGACAGCCCUCUCAUCCUGACCACGUACGCGAGCGAGGGCGGCGUCGAGCAGGAUCUUGACAUUUUCCCCGUCCUCCGAGAAGAGGCCUAUCUGGAGAGUAACCCGGAAGCCCGCCCCGCCCGUGCGCUGCACAUCAUGGCCGCGGAGGGUGACGUGGAGGGUGCCGUCGACCUGUUGCGCACCGUAAGUGAAGAGGAGGCUGGCAAUGCGGAAGAAGCUCUGGGACGCCUCAUUCGGUACCAAGACCCGCUCGCGGACUCCAAGACCGCCUUGCAUCUGGCCGUCGAGGCUGGUAAAGAAGACUUUGUCUGGCUGCUUCUCUGGGUCUCGACGACCCUGCCGGAUGCCACCUUCCCUGAUGCGUCUAGGGCACUCGCUCAGUCGGCUCUUCAGGACGUCAAUGGAAACAUCCCUGAGGCGCUUGCGCGAGAGUCGCCAAUCUUCCUGCAACUCGUGCAGGCAGGUAUCCUGAGACCCUAG